CGCGCAGUCGUUCGCACACGUGUGCGCUUCAUCUUGUCGGUUUCGCAGUCGCGUUUGAUAAACAACAUUUAUGUGCUUAGCGCACAAUCGGUCGGUUAUAUAUAAUUCAAAAUAUAUUAAUUAGAGCAUAUACAUAUACAAAUAAUAUAAAUAAAUGUUAGUUGCAUGGUGUUUGAUUUGGUGAGUGAACAUCGAACAACAACAACUGUAUCAAAAAUCAGGAAAAAUUAAACUUAACUUAAAUCUGGCCAGUUGUUCGCAAUUUAUUCGGUAAUUAGGCAAAAGGCCAAAAAAGGCUAAAGAAAAGUGCGUGACCCAUUCUAAAGAUUGUUGUCGUUGUCGUGGAUGCUGCGCGGCGGGUGGAGGCAGGUGCGUGCGCCCCAACAACCGCGCCCCAAGCCGGUUACAGUGCGUGCGAAUAGUCGGCGUUGCCUGGGCAUCAGUCGCGUAGAGGGACUAGGACAGAGCAUCUUUGCCAACGUUGUCGUAAUUUCGCGUUAAAAUAAACACGCAAAAGAAAAGCAAAAAAAACCUUAAAAAAAUAUCUCAAAGAGCAAUGCGCUCUACAACAAUAACACAAACAACAACAACAGUGUAAAAGUAAAAUCAAAUAAGAAUUGAAAUUUAGGCCAAAAGCGGAUUACGAGAAUUGUUGCUGCUAACAACAACCACAGCAACAACAACACAGCCCGCAAGCAUAAAAGGAAGAUUUUGCCCUUGCAAAGGCAACAGCUUUGUGCGUGUGUGCGUGUGUACGUGUGUACGUGUGUGUAGAAAAUAAAAGUGAAUUGCAAAAAAAUCAGAGAAAGAAAAACCAACACAUGAAAAGAAAUACUCAAAUACAACAGAAAUCAGUAAAUAAAUGACGACAACAGCAACUCAAGCGUGCAGAUCCUUAGACGAUUGAGAAACUCACAAUUCACAAAUGAUUCGCAUGGAAAUAUCGUUGUGUCAUUUUCGCGCUCAUUAGUUUACUCAGUGCGCCACGCCCCAACGCCCUUGAUAGCCUGCUGCGUGCUGGCUAUCAAUUAAUUGCUAAUUCACACCAAAAUGCGUUUAUAAAGAAAAACCUGAGCAGAAAUCAAAAUUGAAGAACAACAAAUGAAUUAAUGAAACUCUUGUGAUUCGCAUUUGUAUUGGCAAGAUUAUGUAUACGCGUGUGUGUGUGUGCUCAUAAAGUGAACGCCUCAAGCAAUACCCCGCACGCAAUUGCACCCGCACACGCGAAUCGGUCGCGUGCUGUCAUAAUUUAUCACAAUUUAUUGUCGUCAGACCGAGAAGAGAGUCCAGACUGAAAGUGCAUCCAUACGAUACACAUUACUUUUGAAGCCCCUUCCAUAUGCGGCUGAGUGCAUUAGAACAACAACCAAUUAACUGCAACAGAAACCAAAUUCGCAACUUUAUUAAGUUCAUUUUUCUCUGUCUCGCUCUCUCUCUCUCUCUCUCUCCCUCUCUCGCUCAGUUGAUAAAAAGCAAAAUACAAACAUCAAAUAAAGCGCUGCCAACGAGAUUUACCCCGCACUUGGAUUAGCAGAGCGAAAGAAGGCGAGCCGCAGCGCAGGCGAAAACUUUGGUGCGGCAGUCGAGGGACUUCUCAAAUCUGCUAUGCCAAAAAGGCAAUAAAAGUGCAAAUAAACAUGUAAAAGGACAUUAAGAUUCCCGUGGCAGCAGAGCACAAAACAGCAGCCAUCAAAAGAAACCAACGGCUGAGCCACAUAUAAAUGCCAGUUGAAAUGCGAGUGUGUUUUUUUUUAUGGGCCAACUUGAAGUGAAAGCUAACUAAAGGCGCGUUGGCGCUUCAUUAAAGUGAAAAGCGGAAACGGCAACGGAAACGGAAAUAGCCAACAGCAGCUCUUACGAAACGCCACACACACACACACACAAGCGCGACACAAGAGAAUAACGGCGUCUGUCUAUUAACGUCGCGGCAACCACAUGUAUUGCGGCCAUUUUUAUUGGUAUCCCUGGUUUUGGUUUCGUUGCUUUGACUUAUUGUCCAAAUUGAAGUUUGCCACAUAAAUGACGAGACGUUUCUGUGUUCGAGCACAACGCAAUGAUUACAAUGCAGUUUUUAAUAACAGCACACGAAAUGGCAACAGCAAGUGCAACUGCAACAGCAACAGCAGCAGCAACCACAAAAAUGCAACUCAAAACAUCUACAAGCGCAACACUCACCGAUUGGCAACAGCACGAGCAACAGCAACAACACAAUACACAUCGAAAAUCACGAACGCGAACGCUGCUGGACACUGGGAGCAUGGUUUCAAUUGUCGUUUCGGUGAUGUUGUUGCUGUUGCUGCUAUGUCUGCAGCCGGAAGGCACCCUGGCGGAAGAGGAGUCGCAGGAUUUUCAAAAGAACAUACCUGCACGUUUGGUUUGGGCCGCUGCCGGCAAGACCGUAGAUCUGCCAUGCGAUUUGACGCCGCCCACGCCGCAGGACUCGGUAAAAUUGCUGCUUUGGUUCAAGGACACCACCGGCAUACCGCUGUACAGUCUGGAUUCGCGUGGCGGCAAUGUAAAGCUGGCGCCACAUGCGGCGAUAGCUAGCGAUCUGGGUCAGCGCCUAUUCUUUAGCAUUGGGGAUAAUCCCAAGGAUUCGCGCCUGCAGAUUAAGGAUGUUAAGCCCGAGGACGGCGGCGUCUAUCGCUGCCGCAUCGACUUCUUCAACUCGCCCACCCGCAACUUUAGGCAUAAUCUAACAUUAGUUGUGCCGCCCGAGGAGCCGCGCAUCUUUGAUGCACAGGGCAAAGAAAUCUCCCAAAUGGCAGGGCCAUUUCGUGAGGGCUACGAGCUUUUCCUCUGUUGUCAAGUGAGGGGCGGUCGACCACCACCGAAGGUCACCUGGUGGCGUGAUGGCAACGAGCUAAUCGGCACUAGCCACACCUCGGUCGAGGAGGGCGCCACAGUGAUGGUGAAUCAGCUGCUCAUUGGCACCACAACUAGGGAUUACUAUGGAGCACGCAUUGAGUGCCGGGCGCAGGGUACCCGCUUGCUGGAGCCUGUCAUCAAAGAUGUUACCGUACAGGUGCACUUGAAACCUGUGCGUGUGAAGAUUAUAACGCCCAACGAUCUGCUCACUGCCGGACAUCCGAUUGCCAUACGCUGCGAAUCGUGGGGCUCGUAUCCGGCGGCUAAGAUUGCCUGGCUGCUCGAUGGCGAGCCUAUACGCAACGCUGAGGUUACCGUGCAUAAUGACAAGGAGGAUGCCAACAUUACGACCAGCAUACUGACGCUGAAGGUAACAUCCGAGAACGACAAUGCCGAGCUGGCAUGUCGGGCUACGAAUCCAUGGUUCUCCGGCGGCGCCAUCGAGGACAAGCGCAUUAUACGUGUGGCAUAUCCGCCCACCGUGUCUGUGCACUUGGCCAACGAGGAUCCCAGCCGUAUGGUAACACGUGCCGAGGGCCAAAAUGUCACGUUCAAAUGCCGUGCUGAUGCGAGGCCACCUGUCACCAGUUACUCCUGGUUCAAGAACGGCAUGCGUAUGUCAGGAGAGAGCACGGAAAUCCUGCACCUGACGCAGCUGGAGCGGGAGAGUGCAGGUGCAUACGCCUGCGGGGCCACCAACACAGAGGGGGAGACCCGCAGCUCGAGCCUCACCCUAAAAGUGCAAUUCUCGCCGCGCUGUAAGCCGGGCACUGAGCAGACAUCCAUUGGAGCCAUCAACAUGCACUCGAUACAGGUCAAAUGCGAGGUGGAUGCCGAUCCACCAGAAUCGGUCCGAUUUAGUUGGACCUAUAACAAUACGCGAAAUGUUUCGCCGGUGCUGAACUCCAGAAUACAAUCGAACGGACUGGCCAGCACGGUGACGUAUCUGCCGCAAACCGACUCCGAGUUAAUAACGCUCGCUUGCUGGGCCAGCAACACGGUGGGCAGGCAAACGGCACCAUGUCUGGUUCACAUACUGCCAGCAAAUGCACCCGAGGCGCCAAAAGCCUGCGAACUGCGGAACGAUACCGUCCUCGAGGUGGUUUGUGUGGCCGGCAGCGACGGCGGACUCUCGCAGUACUUCAUGCUGGAGGUGGUGGGCGGUGAUUUACUGUAUGCCAGCGAGUCGGCAGCGGCGGGCAAGGGUCAGUUCGGCGAGACGGUUGGCCAGGGCGACAAUGAGAUAUCCACGCUCAAUGAUCAGGCUACAUCUGCACCCAUCUUUCGCAUACAGGAAAACAGUCCACAAUUUCGUUUGAAUAAUUUAGAGCCGGGACGUGAAUAUCAAUUUUUAGUUUAUGCCGUUAACGCAAAGGGACGCAGCGAGCCGCCGGUGGUGAUUGAACGUGUGCGCGUGGCUGCACAACUGGGACCAUAUGAUGAAUCUAUUCUCUCGGAGGACCCGACGCCCGCGGAAACCACGCAUCAUGUGGGCGGCGGCAGCAGCAGCAGCGCGAAUGGCGUCGGCGCCGGCGCCAGCAUCGGCAGCGGUCCAGAGAAGGAGUCGACGCUCCUUAUACUUGCCACCGUCGUGGCGAUAGGCGCCGUCAUUGUGACGUCAAUUAUCGUGGCCGGCAUUGUAGUUGUGUGUCGGCAUCGGCCGCGGCCACCUGAGCCGCAGGAGGUGCGCAAAAGCAUGCGGCCGGCGCGCAACGAUGUGCCCUCAAUGUACAUUGAGGAGGAUGAGCUGAACGAGUUGGAGGAGGGCGGCGGACGAGCCGCAGAGAUACGUGCUCGAAUCACACCUGCCACAUCUCAUCUGUGCGGCGGUGCUGGAGGCGGCGGCAUCGGACCCAGCGGCGGCAUUGUGGGCGUCGGCGGUCCGCACCAUUACAUCUCCGAGAGCUUCAUACAGUACGCGCAGCCCAGUCUAAACGUGUAUAUUGCAGACCCGGAUCUAAUAUUACCGCGCGGCGAAUUGGAAUUUACGACACUGGAUCCCACGCUGAAGUAAUUGUAAAGAGUAAUAAUAUCUACCGCAGUACACAUAGACUUCUUUCCCCUGUCCCUGUCAUGAAGCUCUAUGAUAGCCAUGGCGCCUUGAGUCGCACAUUGGGCAACAUAGUUCAUGACAAUUUUAUUUUACAUAGCUGUAAAUUUUUAGCCUAAAUUUAAAUAUAUGAAUGUCAAAGGUAAAGCACACAUGCAUAUUUCUAUUGAUGUGUGUGUGUAUCAGAUACAGGGGAUAAGCCCUUAUGUGUAUAAGUGUCAUAUAAAAUGCAAUGCAAAAACAAAAACUAAGUUUAAAAAAUAAUAAUAAUAACUAAGCGGCUUUGCCACUUCAUAAAACAUGAAUUUUGUAAAUCUUACCACAUACAUUAAUACACCCACACAUUCAAACGCAAUCAAAAACAGAUGAAAAUCAAAAAAAGAGCAAACCAAAAACGAGCAUCAUCGCCAUCAAAUGUACAUAUAUAAGGGGCAAACAUGAAUCAAACUGCAUUUAAAUGUUAAAUACUAAUUGUAAUUAUAAUAAACAUUUCAGUUAUUAAGCUAGGUAUUAGGCCAAGUUUAGUUAUUAGUCUGAUUGUGUGUAUUUCAAGUAAAUUUAAUUGUAAUUCGACUCAAAGAGCAUAGCGGAAACCCAAUAACAAGCACGGGAUGCAGACGAGAGCCAAUGCUAAAUCAAAAUUCAUCAAAAUUAACAAAAUAUUUAAACUAAGUGCUCGAUGUAUACUUAAGUUACGUGAAAUGUAUAUUGGAGAAUAUUCAAUUGGGAAAUUCCCUAAGAAAAGCGCAUAACUAGGCGAUACACUGUUCUCGAUUGAGGUCAGGAAUAGCCCACAUUGUACAUUAUACAUUCCGACAGGUAUUGCAAGAAUUCAUAGCAACAAAUUAAUAUCGAAUUAUGUAUUUUUGUGCAAUUGGGCAGGCAGGUCAAGAAUUUAUAGCAACAAAACAAUAUCGUAUCUGUUAACCGUCAGUCCUAGUUGGCAGCCCAAUGAGGCGCCUGCAGCCUGGCGAACAAUUAAAAUGCUAAGGAAAUUUAAGAAGCCAUCUUUGGCGUCGGCAAUGGAUAUUUUUUCAUUUCAUGUAUAUGCAAUUUCCAUGAAAAUUUCGAAACAAGCAAAUUUCAGGACCCGCCCACUGAACCUGACGUAUUGAUGUAGGCGCUGUGGCUGACUAUAUAUAUAUAUGAAUUCAUUCAUGAAUAUUCUAUUACCAUAACAAAGGCUGGCCAAAACAAAGUAAGCGCAAACUUCGAGUGCAUAAUGAAUAAAUGUUAAAUAAAUUAAAGACUCAACAGCCAGCGCAACCACAAAUCUAACUUCAACAACAACAAAAAGAACAAAACAGACAGCAAAUACGGCAGAUAAAUAGCAACAACUACAA